AUGUUUGACGAAUCUAAGUAUCAAGACCCUGAGUUCUUGGUUAAAGAAAUAGAGCAAGGAUUCAUCAAUCUUCAAUUCAAUAACCCUAAAACCUUGAAUGCUUUUAGUGAAAGAACUUGGAGAGCUUACCAAAACAUCCUUGAAAGAUUAGAUGCCGACCCUGAAACCAACAUUAUACUUAUUUCCUCAUCUUAUGCCAAAUCAUUCAGUAGUGGUCUCAAUUUGAAAGAUGCUCAAGUCCUUAUGGGAGGGUUGAAAGGUGAUGACCAAUCUAAAUAUGAUUUCAUGUAUAAACAUAUAAUUGAUUUCCAAACUGCCAUCAGUACACCCACCAGAAUGACCACACCAACUAUUUGUUUGUUGAAUGGUAUUUCUUUGGGUUUGGCCAUUGAUAUUGCUGCCACUACUUCCAUCAGAGUAGCAGUUAAAGAUGCCAAAUUAUCAAUCAGAGAAAUCAAAAUCGGAUUGGUUGCUGAUAUGGGAUCAUUACAGAGGUUACCUAAGAUCGUUGGAAAUAAAUCUAGAUUGUUUCAAUAUGCCUUGACCGGUGAAUAUUUCAAUGGUGACGAUGCUUAUGAUAUAGGACUUGUCUCCAAGGUUGUACCAGAUUAUGAAUCAGGAAUGAAAUAUUGUAUUGAGUUAGGUAAAGAUAUCAAUAGUAAUGCUGAUUGGGUCAUUAGAGGAACUAAGGAUUCCUUACAAUAUAUGGUGAAUGGAGGUACAGUAGAUCAAGGGUUAUUGAAUAUUGCUCAUUAUCAAUCUAGAUUUUUAGGUGCUGAACCAAAGAUUCCUUCCAGACCAAGAUUAUAA